GAGAAUACGCCAUAUUGAAUUCCCGUAGGAAACGGCUAGCUCUUUUCCAGCUAGCGGUGUAAAUGGGCCACUUUAUCAAUGGUCCAAAUGGUUUAAUGUUUAAUUACUCUCCCUUUAGUUAUCUCGGACAGAGUAGCGACCUUUGAAAGGUCCAGAAGACGGCACGAAUUCACAACGGGCUCGACAGUAAUAGUUAGACUCUCGCAAGAGGGUUACCAGAGCAAGAAGUUGAAUGGAUCCGAGGGUAGCUUGGAUUCAGCCCGAACAGAAAGGACCUGCGAACGCCUUAUGGAUGCACGUCUGGGAGACCUCUCAGGGAGUACGGACACUCUCCGCUCAGCAGCUCCACAAUCAAAACCACAACCAGUGCGUGAAUUAUACUGCGCUGGAUGUCCUGAAAAAUGUGGCGAGCGCGGUGGCAGCAGGCAAGAAUCUUUGCAGCAACGGUAACGCUGCUGCCAGUUUGAGCAACGGCAGCAGCCAUCACAGCAUCAUGAACGGAACUACUGCGAUCAACGGCACUGCGAUCUCCUCGCUGGGGAUAGCGCUGUCCAACGGGAACUUACACAGCUCCAUCACCACGACCAACACCGCUGAACCAGGUGAGGGAAAAGCCCUUCCCAAGAAGACGGGACCUGUCUUCGCUAUGUCCUCCUCGCAGGAUUCCCGAGCGGAUAGCCCACCAUCCAGCAGCUCUCUCGAUAGGACUAUGAUUGGGAACGUAACAGGCAAUAUUAAUAAAAACGUCGGGGGUGCCAAUCUGCUUUACAGUGUGAGCGACAGUAUUGACAACAAUGUCAACCUUUACCACCAUCAUCACCGUCACCUACAGGAGCACCCGGCUUUCAAUUUACAGCAGAUUUGCGUAAAGCGCCAUCAGAUCCAACCCUCUAUACCUGGAAAUCACACACACCACCCAGGCCGAAGGAAAAGUGACAACAAAGCGAGCACUUAUGGGAUGAAUUACUUGCUGUCAAACUGCACUAAUGGCAAUUAUGCGAGCACUUGGACGCCUUGGAAGACGAGGAAGUACAACCCUGGAGUCCUCGGGUGAGUACAUGUCGUUAACUGUUGAUUGCCUCCGGACUGAAAGCGUACAAAGCUGACAUUAACGUUUGUCUUUUGCUGCUCGGGGCCAUUUUCAAUUCAUACUUGUAUGUGCGUGUGUGGGAUGAGUUAUGAAGCUUUUUAUUACCAAACGCGGUUACAUACUCGAUGUUGUCGCGUUAACUGGAGUCUGGCUGUUGCUGGAAGUCAAGCGUUAGAAAUACACCGUUACAUACACUGACGUGAUUUACGUAAAGGCCGCUGUAGUCGACCAAAGGAAGACCGGAAGUGGGUUAUUUUUGUCUAAUGAUGUUUGAGUUAUGUCAUUUAAAAAGCAAAUUUCAUUAUUGUUUUAGAAAGCAAAGAAAAAAGCACAUAAAUGUGAGUCUUCGUUAUUAAAUAAACACAUCCUAGUAUUUCAGGUUUUAUUUAAAAUAAACCGCUACUUAGAAGCAGUUGACCGGAUGUAGUACUGUCGGUUAUGUCAAUGCGAGCAUUACAGAAUAGCUGUAGCUAACUGGGCUAUCGAGAUUUACCUUUUACUGUGAUAUAAAAGUUGAGGAACAAGGGAUUAAAAAACAAACUGUAUGUCGCUUUUAACCGAAUAAAAUAUAGCCUAAUUUGAAGUCAUUUUAGACUCUAAUGGACAAGUCUAAGAAGAGUAUUUCCCCCCAGGUUUAUGUUACGGAGUUGGGUAACACUUGGUUAGUAAAUGGUUGGUUGUCAAUGUCCCAUUAAGUAACUACCAAUAUACUUAUUUACUCCGGACAAAGUUCAGAUGAACAACUUGUAAUCGUUUGAUCAUAAAUCUGUAUCCGACAGUCUUUUAGACUCAACUUUACAUUAAAAAAAAAGUUUAAAACAUCUUUUUUGAGUAGAACCUGCUGUAUUUUACUGUACUUAGUUAAAGUAAGCAUGGCAAUAAUGGGUCAUUUUACAAAAAAAAAGAAGAAGAAGAAGAAGAAAAAAACAUGUACUGUAUGUGUUAUAAUAUUAGGCAAUUCCCCUUUAGAGUUCACCAUCCAUCUGACAUAACAUUAGUCAAACUCAGUGUAAGUUUUCUUUCAAGAUGAACUAAAGUAAAAAUCUUACAUUACUGUUUAGUGGAGCAUUUUUUCUUUACUCCAUAGAUGAGGGCCAAAAAGGGUCAACAUUUCACCAAAACUGUCAUCCUCCUUUUAAAAAAAUGUGUACCAAAAAUAGCAAUGAUUUAAAUCAUUUGGAAAUUCAAAAGAGAUGAAAAGAUAAGUUUAAAGGCAAUCUGAGAAAGAAAAUUUGCUUGUUUUUAUUUUAGUUCGAAAUAUCAGAGCAAGAUAUUAAAAAUAGAAAAAUAAUGCAUUAAAAGAGCAAAUACAUGAAAAGAAGGCUGAAAUCAGCUUUAAAAGGUAAAAAUAUGACUUAAAAUUUAAAACUGGAAUCUAAAGUUAAAAAAAAGUGACACAAGUCUAAAUAUUGAGUUAAACAAAUCAAAGCAUGAAAUAAAAAAUCCAAUCAUGUUUGGCUUGUAAUCUUGAGAUACAAAAUUGAAAACAUGAAAUAAAACACCAAAUUUUUCCCCCCACAUUCUUGACUAUUUAUCAAAUCUUCCCUACGCUUUAAUUUCCCAGAUUUUCGUGGCUUAUUAAGGACAUUUUAAAUGAUGGUGCUAAAGUUUACAUGAUUAUACUGGAGGAAAUCUGCAGACCUUAUACUGGUCGGCCAAUAACAAUACAAACAUGAUAUGAUCUUGUGGGCCAGAUAUAAUUGUUCCACGGGCCAGAUUUGGCCCCCGGGCCUUAAGUUUGACGCCUGUGCUCUAUAGACUCUAUGGAUAGAUGUAUAUCUAUAUAUUUUUUUAAUUAUUCGGUGUAAAAGACUGUUCUGUAGUGAUUUGAAAGUAGUCUGACUCUAAAUUAUUGGAUGAAAAAGCUAAAUCUUUGUUGCGCUGUUAUUUUUUUUAAAGAAAUAAAACUUCCAGAUGUGUUGCAGGGCCUUGUGAUAUUUGUAAUGGCUGCUUGCACUGGUGUGGGAAUUUUCUGCACAAAGAAUCAGAGUUUGUCAUGUCAUGUCAGUACUUGCACAUGUUUAAUGUGAGUUCAGCCAAACUUUAAAUCGAAGCUGUUAGUUAUUGUUUUCAGCAAAGAGUAAAUGAGAAUCACACCCCCACCCCCCACCCCUCUUGUGUUUGUGGCUGUUCUGGUUUUGUGUUGCAAGUUAUGGCUUGUGCAUUGACUUAUUUUGCAGUAUGUUGCCUUCAGGUGUUCCUUUGAAGUCCAGAAUUGAAGUAUUUGCAUUGAUAAUGGAAAAGAGAAUAUGCUUAAUUGAAUGCACUUUUGGUGUAUGGAUACUGAAAUGAUCAGAGAUUAAGCUCAGGUUAAUAGAGAACAGUAUAAAUGCAUGGAUUCCACAGAUAUUAUAGAUAUAACUGGAAGGAUACAGGGAAGAAGGCAGUGGUAUGGUGUAAGUUCAAAGGUAAAGCACUUUGUCAGUUAAAGCUGUGGUAGCAGUUCUUAUUUUCACUCGGGCUAACAAUAACUAUGCCCCCCUGUCAGCGGUGGAAUACUGGCAUGGAUUUGUCCUGACUUAUUGGCAGAGAGUAUUAUUCACCAACCAGUGGGUCCACGGGCUGACUGCAUUUCCUCCAGGGCUCUGGUAAUUGAUUGUGACAGUCUCCCUGUUCAGUAUUUCACACUGACAUCAUUGCAUGCAUUCCUAGAAAAAUGAGUGGCCACGGGGUUGAACAGACAUGCACUGUUUGGAGGCUUUUAACUGAUCAGAAAUGUUGACACGAUGUUUGCUUCUGUGUUGCCCAACAAACUACAAUAAAAUGGCUUUCAGAAUUUUACCAAGCCCCCUUUUUUUUUACACCUCUUAAACCUCAAAGGUGUGUCAUGGAUUCAUGUCUAGAUGAGAACCAAGUGUUUGCAGUUAAAGGGAGAUAAGACAUAUCCUCUGGGUCCCCCCUCUCUCUGCUCUACUUCAGUUCUCUUUUUUUUCCUUUUCUUAUACUUUUUAGAGCUUGACUGUUUUUACACAGUUGGGUGUUUUUAUUUUCAAUCAUAGACGUCAAAAUGAAAUCUUGUGAGUGGAAAUAUAUAUAAAAAGAAAGAAGUCAUGUCGUUUGUAUCAUGUAUUUUGGACUUUUCCUCCAUGAAACUUUAAUAUGCAGUAUGGUAAGUUUUCUGUGUGAAAUCUGACCAGUCAACCUGAGGAAUCAAACAGUGUAAUGUUUUUAAUACAAAUAUAGUUAGCUGUUGUUUAGUUUGUCUGGCUUUGGCAUGAUGGGGUUAAGCAGACCAGUGAUAAGCAGGAAGCAUAUCUUGCGCCAUCUGGAGAGUAUUUUUUUUUUCUGUUGUUGUUCCAAAAUGUAAGCCAAAUCAUAUUGCAUAUUUCACAUCCUGUACAGCUCCUUCUCUUCUUAAUCUUUUUCAUACCAGACUGUUUGAGGAAUAAUUGUUGAUGUGUUGAGUUCAUGUCCUUUCUGUCAUCCUCUUUCUGUCUAGACUGCAUGAGGAGGUGAUGGACUUCUACAACUUCAUGUCUCCUCGGCCAGAAGAAGCAGCAAUGAGGAAGGAGGUGGUGAACAGGAUAGAGAUGAUCAUCAAGGAGCUGUGGCCCACUGCAGAUGUAAGUACACACAUAUGCCUCUUAUUUCAUUGGACCCGACUCUUCCCACUCUUAAGAACCUCAAUAUCUGGCAGCGUAGUCUUUAGAAUCGUUUUGUCCUUGGAGUAGAAACCGCUGGCUUCCUGACAAACUGAUACAAGAUUGCUCAAAAAUCCUAAUUGAGACAAAAGUUCUUCUAACCUCGCUUUUUUUUACUUGAGGUUUUUCUCUACAUCUUUACAUAUUUACAUCUUUCUCAACAGCUGUAGCUCUACAAGAGUUCAAGUACAUGGGUCACGACUUGCUUCAUGAUUUUGUUGGUUUGUUAUUCGGGAGUAAGUUAUGUAACUCUUCAUAAUUGCCUGGAAUGCUGCCAAAGUUAAAGUUGAUGUUUGAUUUUAGGAAAUGUCCUCAUUCCAACACACACCCUUAAGUCAAAACUAUGUAGUGAAAAUAUCCGGAGUGCAUCAGGAUAUAGAUAAGAACCAUGGAAGUGCAACAAAUGCCCAGAGCUAAAGCAGCAGUUUUAGUCGGUACAUUCAUGUGAUGUUGAAAAAACUGAUUUAUGACAAAGUCCAACCAAAUCUUUACCUUUAAAACACAUCAACAUCUUAGUUUGACUGAAAUCAAACUAUUUCUGGAAGUCAGACCAACACACUCAUAAAUGCAACUGGGAGCGGAUUUACUCUUGAAUCAGACCCUAGCUGGCAGAAGCCUGUAAAGGGAGGAAAAGGUCAGCUUUGCCAGUUUUGAUAUAUAUUUUUAGAACGACUUUCUCAAUUUGAAAUAAUUUCUUCCUUAAAACUAUUGGACACCACCCGUGUAAAGAUGCUGCUCUGUUAUUUUUUGACAUUUUGACAUUGUCCAUGUAUGAGUUUGAAAAUGAAGAGUUUCAGCAAAAAUCCACCAUUGUGUUUCUUUAGUUACCAAUGGAUUAUUUCUCAUAUGUUAGAGUGCACAAUAAAAAUGCUAAUCCUACUUCAGAUCACAGGUUCAGAGCUGCAUGUAGAAUAACCACUGUAAAUAAAGAGUUGAUUUUCAUUUCUAAUGGUGCUUAUUCACCAUGUGCAUAAAUAGUGACAGAGGAUACUGCAGCUGAUGGGGUAGUGCAUAUUGCAGGGUUGAUGUAAUGUCCCCCACAUUACUUAAUCAUGUAAACCACGCGCCGUGGUGAUUUGUUGGCUGCCAGUCUUCCCUCUUCCAGUGUGAGCCAGAUUGUCAGGUAAAUGGACCAAGCCCCUGAUUUGUACCAGCCUUCCUUUUCAUCCCGACCAAUCAAUCUCAGCCUGUCUUUGUGCUGUUGCCUUGUCGUAUUUACCAGACGGAAAGGGAAAGAACUCUACUCUGCUUCCUUUGGAGAACUUUUCACUCGCAGCGUCCAAAACACAACAUUCUUUUGCCUCAACUGUUGUAUGCUCAAUUUGGCAGCUUACUUAACUUGGCAGCGUUUACCGCCUUAGAAGUGGAACGCGGAAAUACCUAGUUUCCUGCAGUUUGAAGUGUAUAUAAAGUGUAGAUCAUCAUGACAAAUGAGUUGCUGCACUAAACGCACAUUAGCCAAACCUCUUGAGUAUUUUACUCCCAAGUCUUCCUCUUCAUAAUUCUUUCACAUUGUUUUCCCAGGUUCAAAUAUUUGGCAGCUUCAGCACAGGCUUGUAUCUUCCAACAAGGUAAGACUCUAGCAUUAUGAUACAAAUGUCAUUACGGUGCGUCUUUCUGGUUAGGUUUAUAACAUUCUGACUCUGUUUUGCUCUCAGUGACAUAGACCUGGUGGUGUUUGGGAAGUGGGAGCGCCCCCCACUCCAAGAGCUGGAACAAGCUCUGCGCAAGCAUAAUGUGGCAGAACCUUUCUCUAUCAAAGUGCUGGACAAGGCUACAGUGAGUAAUGGCAACCAGAGCAUGUUUCCCAACAGUUCAAAUCUUCAGCUAUUGUAUGAAGCCUCUGUGUUUUGUAACAGCAGAUGCUAAUCAAGUAAUUAAAAAAACAAUACAAUAUUGUAUUCCUCUUACACUGGUGCAGUCUUAACUUUGUGGCACACAAGAACCGUAUGAUAUUGAUAACAGUUAUCCAAAGAUUUUCGACUAUUUGAGAUAGUAAAUACAGCAAUAUUGCAGUAGAAGCUUUGGUGAAUAGAAAACCAGUUGGAAUCUGGUUUUCUAUUCACCAAAGCUAAAUUUGGCAGCUCUUUUUUUGGUCCUUGAAAUUUUCCUCUAAAUUCCAAAAUAGUGGAAAAUAAAGAGCUUUGUCUCAUGUGUUUGUUUACGUACAUAGAAAUGUGAGAAGAAAAGAAAGUGCUCAAUUACUGUCUUCCAUCUGUUUGCACGAUAGGUGGCAGACUCAGCCAGCUGUUUGUUCGUUUUUCCCACUCAGCAGUUAAUAUACGCAGUCUUCUGUUCAAUGCCAAAUAGGUUAAUUCAGGUCUUUUUCUGUUGCUGAACAAUUAUUUGCAGCUAAAAAUAAAUAAAUGCAGGGCUUUCAGGCUUGUAGUGUGUGUGUACCUACUUGAGUGGAAGUAUAAACAACUACAGUCUCACUGUGGUGAAGUAUGACAGAAGAAUACACAGUCCUCCUGUGGGGUGUGUACAGGCAAACCACUGCACGCUGCAAAGCUGCCCUGACUGACAAGAUAAUAAGUAGUCAAUGACUGAAUUUAGAUCCCCUCUCAGAGACUGUCAAUUGAGAAAGACUUAUUUUCCCUCAGUUGUGUACAAAGUGAAUGUUUCCAUCGCUCAUGACUUCAGGGUUUUGUUAGCUAAUAGAUGUUUUACACGGUUUCUCCUCUCAGGUGCCAAUCAUAAAACUGACCGACCAGGAGACUGACGUGAAAGUGGACAUCAGCUUCAACGUGGAGACUGGAGUGAAGGCAGCGAGCUUCAUCAAAGAUUAUGUAAAGGUGAGGUAUACCUGAAAUAUGUGAGUCAGGCUACUCAACUCAACUCAACUUUAUUUAUAUAUCACUUUAAAUACAACCAAAGCUGACACAAAGUGCUGUACAUAAUAACAUAAACACAUAAAACAACAAUAAAUAGUUGUUUUAAAAUAUGAUAAAAAGCAAUAAAACAAAUGCCGUCUCGUGCUAAAAAUAAAAAUAUGUUUUUAGACGGGACGAUAUCUCCCUGUUCCCAAAAGCAGACAUUCUCAAACCACAUGUAGAAGGGAUUUUGUACUUUUCUCUUUGUGUAUUUUAAAGCCAGAUAGACUCUGUGAAUGUCAUCUUUCAGAUUAAUGGGACUGAGCUCGAGCACAUGUUAUGGAAAAAAGUCAUGUUGAACAUCUCAAUAAUAAAAAAUUACUAAACAAGUCACAUGAUCAGCAUUUUAAAGGGGGGUUUACAGAUUCCCUUAUACAGAUUCAGAUUGGUGAGCCAGCAGUUUGACAUCAUCCUUAACUUCACUACAAUCUUGAAUUGGCUGAUCUCAUUUCCAAAGUGAAGCUGGAACAGACCCAAGCAACCUUACUCAGUAUAAUCUCCACUUACAUUAAACUAAAGUGAGUCCGUGUGGAGCUGAAAAUCUCGCUGCCAAUUCUGCCCGGUGUGCGUGUAGUAUACCCCAUGGCUCAGACAGAAUUCCUGCUGAAGGUGGAUCUCUGCCUGCUUUUGUCACAGUUGUAGUUGCUAAUGCAGGAGAGAGAUUCCAGGUGCAGAUGUUCCAGCACGUUGUCAGGUUUUGGCUUUUGUCCCGUGUUGUUGUUGUUGGAUUUUUUCGGUGUUGCAGUUUCUCGCAGAACACGUCACAGCUUGAAAUCGACAACCGUACUCAGGAUCAGCUCUCUGGUUGUUGGUGUUGUUAAUGCGUGGGUGUGACAGACUCAAGUGCAGUCUUGUCAUCUAAAGGUCAUCUUACAGUAAAUCCUUGAGUGUCAGGUAAUUCUCAUGCAGAGUGCAGACUGAUAGAUCAGUGGACCUUUUUGUUUUCUUCACCCUUUGACAAACCUAAGUCAGAAUGUUGGCAUAGAUUUGCACAGGCUGGAAGUUGAGUCCCGCUUUUUCCUCAGUACAGUAUUUCCUCACAAUAAUUGACACACCUUUCUCUCCCCUUUUCCUCACUUUUACACUCUCACUGAUAACGGCAGGUAGCCACUGUUUGAGUUCACAGCACAAACUUCACCGUCCAGUGAUUUUUAGCCUACGUGACUAGCCGGGCACGCUGUGUGGUAUGCCACCAUUUUCCCAUCUGUGUGGGGACACUAAAUACUAAAUAUCGUUACAGCACUUUAAAGAAUCAACACAGUUGGCAGGAGGCACAGCAGAAUGAAAGUCCAACAAGCCGAUUUGCUCCUGUCAGUCAAAAGUAAUCAGUCAGGCUGGAUGUCUUUGACUUUUUUUUGGCGUCAUCACCAACUUGACACACUUGAGCUUUAUUCACUUGUUGAACAGAACAGUGACUUUUGUUACACAUGUAAAGUUUCAGAAUAAAACAAAGGUUUUAGCAGCAUUCUGCAUUUUUUUUCAGUUACUUGAGUCACAGCUGUUGACACACUCGUUCUUACUCUGGUUUCAUAGUACAGUCAUUUUCAGUAUUUAGUCUUCAUGAUUGAAGUUAAAAAACCAGGGCGAUGUAGCGAGAAGAAGAGGUGAAGAAGAGGUCUUCAACAAUCAAGUCAACAAAUGAAAGCAGAUGCUACAGCACCCCCCAGAGACCAGUCGAUCCCUUUCUAACCUUUUUAUUUGGCUCAGAGACUCAGAGAGGUGGUUUAAACCUGAGUUCUGCUACCUGUCCCCUUUACAUGCAUCCUAUUUGUCUUUCUAAGUGGGUGUGUGAUUGUAUUUGCCCCUUAAAUACUUCAACAUCGAUCUUUCUACCUGCUCGGUAGCAUCUACAUCAAAAAGACAAACCAUGAUUUUCUCAAAGUCAUAAACCCAUUAUAACUCUUCCUACUUUAGGUUCUCAUCAGUGUACUUUUGUUGAACUUUUGCCAACUGUAACUGUAACCAGGAAACUUCUCGUGUGAAAUGUGAUCAUAUUUUAGCUUGCCAACAAUCACAAUUACUCCUCCUGCAGGUGUUUUGACAGUGAAGUGUGUCCAUGCAUAGAACAUUCUGCAAUAGACGGCAGUUAUUCUUUAUUUGAACGUACAUUAGGAUAUGUUCGGCCUUCUUUGCCACUAAUUUUGUGUCUAUCUAUUUAUUGUCAUGCAAAAAGGGAUUAUAUCUCAUACUCCUUUUUCCUGACAUAGUACAAUAUGCAGAAAUGUCAGUUUGAGGUUUUUCACACUGUUUUUAUCAUUCAUUUUUCAAAAGUAUUUUUGCUUCAUGUGUCGUCCUUUUCUAUUAUUUAUUUGUUUUUAAUACUUUUUUCUGACAUUAGGAACAGUAUUUGUCUAUUUAAUGGUUGUAAGAGAUUGCACUGAAACAAAUGACAAUAAAACAAAUUCAGUCAAGUAACAGUGAGUGCCCUCAAAUCAAAUGACCAUACACUUAAUUAAAAUCCAACAAAACAUUCAUUCUGUUUUUGGUAUCAUUUAAUUAAAUUGUCUCUUAAUGUUGACAACAGUAAGUAAAGUCAUAUUUCUACCUCAAUGAACUCUGUACAUCUUAUCAGUAAUCCCAGGGAGACGUUCAAGGGAGCCUGAGCCAAAUAUAAAUCCACCUUCUUUUUUCUCUCUCUCUUCUUCACCCUCUUGCCUCUGCUCAGUCUCAAGUUUGACUGAAUCAACUGAUCUCAAGAAGUCUCUUUUUUUCUCUUUUUUCAGAUGUAUCCGGUGCUGCCUUAUCUGAUCUUUGUGUUGAAGCAGUUUCUGCUGCAGAGAGAUCUCAAUGAAGUCUUCACAGGGGGAAUCAGCUCUUACAGCCUCAUCCUCAUGGUCAUCAGCUUCCUACAGGUACAGUCAUGGAGGAACAGGAAGUGCACGUUUAUUUUCAAUCCUGGUCGUGUAAGCAAUAUCAGGAUUCGGAGUAAAAUUAUCAGUUGCCACAUGCACGUGUCCAGUGUUGUGUAUCGAUGUUUACGUUGUCUUUAUUGUUGCAUACUGAUACUCUUUAAUGAACACUUAUCCCAUCUUCUUAUGCUUCCUCCCUUAGCUCCAUCCUCGUAUCGAUGCCAGAAACCCCACUGAGAAUUUGGGGGUAUUGCUGAUCGAGUUCUUUGAGCUGUACGGCCGCCAUUUCAACUACUUGAAAACCGGGAUUCGAAUCAAAAACGGAGGUGCAUACAUAGCCAAAGAAGAGAUUAUGAAGGCCAUGAAGAAUGGAUACAGGCCAUCCAUGCUCUGCAUAGAGGAUCCACUGCUUCCAGGUGAUUAUUUUUCUGAAGUUUCACAAUGUCUUUGUGUGAAUAAAUACAGCAGAUGCCCUCAAAUUCAACUGUAAUGACUAAACCUAAUGUUAUAAUAGACAUUUAACGUGUUUAAGAAUAUUCAUUUACAGAAUUGAUUCAUCUCUUUUCACAGAACAACCUUUACAGAAGCCCCAGAAUUAAAUACCUUCAGUUACCAUGUAGAGAAACUCUUAACUGCAUUUCAGUGCCAUCCAGUGGCACUUUUAUGAAUGACAAUUCAGCCCUACACAUGUACGAAGGGAUACUUUGUCAAAAUUUGUAUGCAAAAAGCAUCAAAAAAUAAAAGAUAGUAUCAUCAAAGAUCCUACUUUUCCCCUUCAAAACACUUAUAAAUAUUCAUCAUUGUUCUGUUUGUCUCUACACAAUGUAGGUAACGAUGUAGGGAGGGGUUCCUAUGGUGCCAUGCAUGUCAAGCAGGUGUUUGACUAUGCCUACACUGUUCUGAGUCACGCUGUUUCCCCACUUGCAAGGUCAUAUCCCAACAAAGACUCUGAAAGGUGAGUUUCAAUCCAUGUUGACAGCUCUAGAACUAUCUUGCAUGAAGUGCAGCUGUUUUUCUAAAAGGCAUCUACUCCUUAACUGCAGUACCCUGGGGAGAAUAAUCCGGUUGACACAAGAAGUGAUCGACUACAGGGAUUGGAUCAUCAAGAAGUGGGGAGGCAGAGAUCUGGCUCGAACAGACAACAUGGGUAAGUGUCCUUGGACUUAGAUACCUAAUCGUGCAUCAGCGUGAUCAAAACAGGAGAAGUUUUGAAGUAUACCCUUUAAAGACGAAUCUUUCUAAAAGCCAAUAUUAUGAUUAAAUGACCAGAAUAUGUUGGAUUUUGAGGUGACACAAGUCUUGCGUGUUUUUAAACAGGUUCACCUCCCAAGGAGCUGGCUUCUGAGCAGGAGCCGUGUGUGCUGGGUGGUGGUGUCGCACCAGAGGAGCAGCAGAGGGACUCUGUGUCACCCCACAGCGCUGACUCCCCAAUGUCCAUCUCCAGCCCCCAGCAGCACUCUUCAGCCUCUUCUGUUUCCUCACUGUCUGGAUCAGACAAUGUAAGGAAACACACAAACACACACACACAUGCAGCAUAGGCAGAGUCAUCCCCGAUUUUCACUGCAUCCGGAACGGCGACGAUUUUCUGCUGGAUCUGUUUGUGAGGCAAAUUUCAUGGCAGAUUACAGACAGCAGAAAUCGCAAGAACUCAAAAGAACCUACAGAUUCACAUGCAAUCGUGCAAUAACAAGUUGUCUCCAGCCACAUGGGCUAACGAUAUAAGGAGUAGAUUGUGUCCUUCCAGAGGAGGAAAUCUACUUCUAGACUUCUAAAAUCAGCAUCUCCUCAUCCAUGGUGUCAUCGGGAUGAAAUACUGUCUGAAAACCUUUCACUUGUUCGUCCCAGCCGCAUGAAACAUGGACUGUUUUAUUUUGAAAAGAAGCCGGAUGUUUUAUUUUGUCCCUGUGCCCGACUUCCUUUACCAGCACAGGUUAAUCUGUGCUGACUUUAUUCGACAUUUCCAGAGUCCGGAAAAAAUAGGACUCUUGCGAUCAGCUGCAGAGUCGAUCUGCGAUCGGUGGAUACAGCCUUUUCGUAGCCGCUCUGGAUGCGGUGGAAAUUGGGGGUCACUGUGUGUUUUACUCACAGCAUCUAAAGGAAGAAAAGCAUUCUCGAAAAUACUUAAGCAAAAAAUGUCAAUCUCAAAAUCUUAUGGUCCACAAUGUGUUUGUAUGCUGUUCUAGGACUCUGAUUCAGCGCUGCCAUGUCCAGUCCCACCACCAGCUCUGCCACAUUACCCAUCGUUCCCAGCUCUGGGCCUCGCUCUACCACCAGGCCUAAACAUGGGCAAGCCAACCAUGGGAGGACACCAUCUACUCAUGCCUCCAGGAUCACAGGUAGGCCAUUUAAUGGAUGAAUAUCCCAACCUUGAAAACAGUGCCCUGCUUCGUGUUUUAGAAGCCAGGGUGUUAGGUGGGUGUUUAAAGAUUUAACUAAAAACAAAAACACAACAUGAUGUCAUUAUUUACAUGAACUUUGUGUCCUUCAGGCUCGCGUCUCACUGCCCGGUGGUCUAGCAAUGCACUCCAUGCCUGGCAGACAGGUGUGUAUAGACACCGGGCUCCCUCCCUUCUUCCACAUGCCCCCCCCAGCCCAUGCUCAUCCCCCUGCCCCCUCCAGCCCCCAGCCUCCGCCCAGCCCCCACUCCAGCCAUACACACAAGGUAGGCGCCGGCUGCCUCAAAUACAAUGUCAAGGCAUACUUGUCUCUCUCACAAACACACACCAAACACACACUCACAUAAAAAAACACGCUUUUCUACACACAUGUACUCACACAUCCUCUCAUAUUUUCUGUCUCUCCUCUGCAGUCUCAACUCUUGAAAGUCUGGUUUUACUUUCAUGGUUGCUUUUUUUUUCUUUGGGAUGAUUUUUCAGAUCAUGAUCUCUAACAGUUUCAUGAAGGUUUUUACAGCCUUCUGUCUCAUUGGAGUUUAAGUUCAUCACUUAAGUAGAUCCCCUCUUUCCUUUAUUGGCACUUACCAAGAUGAAAUCCACAUCACUCCCUCAUUUGUAUUAAAUAUGAAGCUACUCUGUGAAAUUAUCUUAUGCACAUGGAAAUCAGGGAAAUGUUUUUUUCUGUGGUACAUGUGAUGGAACAAGUGACCUAACAACGUGAAAAAUGUAGAACAUUUCUUUGAGAAGCAAUUGUUUUUACAUCAUGGAGACAAUGUUAUCAAUCUGGUAAGACCACAACAGUAAAUUAUCUAUUUUUAUCCACUGGUAUUUUGGUUUUGGUCAUGUGACUGACAGAUUUUUCAUCCUUAUACAAGAUCAAUGGAGUACCAUUCACAAGAAGAUUCUCACCACUUAUUACAACACAUUUACCAUUCAGUUAAAUCAAACACUUGGUAUGUAAAUUAGGGCCCGCCCGAUUUAUCGGCAGGCCAAUUACAUCAGCCAAUUUUAGCCCGUUUGUGACUAAUCAGUUAUCGGCCAAAACUUGCCAAUUUUCGCCAAUAUUUUCAGAAAUAAAAUGCAGACUAGGGCCCCGGUGGGGCACUGUCGGGCCCGAGCCGCGUCGCGCCGCCCCCAGCGCGACCGCCUCCCCCUCCCGAUCGCGUCACACUCAAGGUCCAAAGAUGGUGUGCGCACUUGUCUGUGGUCAUUUCCCAUUAUAAUGAAUGGGAGGCGCAGUUUCUACCAAAACGCUUGCUGCAGACAAACUACAUGUCCUAUUUGAAAAAAGUCUGGACCAUGAGUGAGGGCACAAACACAGCUAGUAUAUAUCCAAAUGGCAAGUUGCUCCUCCUUUCGGUUUUGCAGAGAGAGCGAUGCGUUUGAGCCAUUGAGCGAUGGGCAGGAAAAACUUGACUUUUUCUCCUGCCAUGGGGGGGCGCUCUUUUGGGGAGAAAAAAUUCCUUCACAAAUGUGUUGAUGGCUGGACAUUGCAUCAUCCUAGAAAACUUGGAGGCCAGUGAGGACAAAAAUAAAAAGUUAUAAGACUUUUAAAAAUGUGGAUAUUUGGGUCCUCUUUGGCGCCCCCUAGAACGUAAACUGUGGGGUGCAGCGUCAUGAUUUGUACAACUUUGAAUGGCCAUGGGGUGUAGAUUGACCUGAGCAAAUUUGAAGCCGAUGGGACAAAAGAUUUAGGAGGAGUUAGCGAAAUUCCAAUGUGUGCGGAUCAGCAAAAAAUGCGAAAUAACCCUUUAACCGUACAUUUGACAGAUACGCCCGCACUGACUUUUUUGUAGAUCUUAUUGAGAUACAUGUGUGUGUCAAAUUUUGUGUCAUUUUGACAAAGCGUAAAGGCGUGACAGUCAACAAUGUGUAUUUUCGCCUUAGGAGACAAGAAAAAAUGGACUUUUUUCUCCUGCCAUGGGGGGCGCUCUUUUGGCGAGUAAAAAUUCCUUCACAAAUGUGUUGAUGGCUGGACAUUGCAUCAUCCUAGAGAACUUGGAGGCCAGUGAGGACAAAAAUAAAAAGUUAUAAGACUUUUAAGACUGUGGAUUUUUGGGUUAUCUUUGGCGCCCCCUAGAACGUAAACCGUGGGGUGCAGCAUCAUGAUUUGUACAACUUUUAAUGGCCAUGGGGUGUAGAUUGGCCUCAGCAAAUGUGGUGCCUUUGGAACGAAAGCCUUCGGAGGAGUUAGCGAAAUUCCAAUGUGUGCGGAUCGGCAAAAAAUGCGAAAUAGCCCUUUCACCGUACAUUUGACAGAUACGCCCGCACUGACUUUUUUGUAGAUCUUAUUGAGAUACAUGUGUGUGUCAAUUUUUGUGUCAAUAUGACAAAGCGUAAAGGCGUGACAGUCAAUAGUGUGAAUUUUCGCCUUAGGAGACAAGAAAAAAUGGACUUUUUUCUCCUGCCAUGGGGGGGCGCUCUUUUGGGGAGUAAAAAUUCCUUCACAAAUGUGUUGAUGGCUGGACAUUGCAUCAUCCUAGAAAACUUGGAGGCCAGUGAGGACAAAAAUAAAAAGUUAUACGACUUUUAAGAAUGUGGAUUUCUGGGUUAUCUUUGGCGCCCCCUAGAACGUAAACCGUGGGAUGCAGCGUCAUGAUUUGUACAACUUUUAAUGGCCAUGGGGUGUAGAUUGGCCUGAGCAAAUUUGGUGCCGGUGGAACGAAAGCCUUCGGAGGAGUUAGCGAAAUUCCAAUGUGUGCGGAUCGGCAAAAAAUGCGAAAUAGCCCUUUAACCGUACAUUUGACAGAUACGCCCGCACUGACUUUUUUGUAGAUCUUAUUGAGAUACACGUGUGUGUCAAAUUUUGUGUCAUUUUGACAAAGCGUACAGGCGUGACACUCAAUCAUGUGAAUUUUUCACCUUAGGGGGCGCUAUGGAGCCAUUUUGCAUUUGAUUUUUUGGGCGACUUCAGAAUAUCGAAUUUUUCACCAGGCCCGGUCGUCCUGCCAAAUUUCAUGACUUUUCACCAGUGGGAAGUGGGCCAUUUUCCAGUUCAAAGGGGCAGAAAAAUAACUAGGGCCCCGGUGGGGCACUGUCGGGCCCGAGCCGCGUCGCGCCGCCCCCAGCGCGACCGCCUCCCCCUCCCGAUCGCGUCACACUCAAGGUCCAAAGAUGGUGUGCGCACUUGUCUGUGGUCAUUUCCCAUUAUAGUGAAUGGGAGGCGCAGUUUCUACCAAAACACUCGCUGCAGACAAACUACAUGUCCUAUUUGAAAAAAGUCUGGACCAUGAGUGAGGGCACAAACACAGCUAGGAUAUAUCCAAACGGCAAGUUGCUCCUCGUUACGGUGUUGCCGGGAGAGCGAUGCGAUUGAGCCAUUGAGUGAUGGGAAGGAAAAACUUGACUUUUUCUCCUGCCAUGGGGGAUGUGGGAUGGGGGAUGGGGGGGGGGAUGUGGAUUCUUUUAAGAAUGUGGAUAUUUGGGUCAUCUUUGGUGCCCCCUUGAACGUAAACCGUGGGGUGCAGCGUCAUGAUUUUUACAACUUUGAAUGGCCAUGGGGUGUAGAUUGGCCUGAGCAAAUUUGGUGUCAGUGGGACGAAAGCCUUAGGAGGAGUUAGCCACAUUCCAAUGUGUGCGAAUCGGCAAAAAAUGCAAAAUAGCCCUUUAACCGUACAUUUUACAGAUACGCGCGCAAUGACUUUUUCGUACAUCUUAUUGAGAUACAUGUGUGUGUCAAUUUUUGUGUCAUUUUGACAAAGCGUACAGGCGUGACACUCAACAAUGUGUAUUUUCACCUUAGGGGACAAGAAAAAAUGGACUUUUUUCUCCUGCCAUGGGGGGCGCUCUUUUGGGGAGUAAAAAUUCCUUCACAAAUGUGUUGAUGGCUGGACAUUGCAUCAUCCUAGAAAACUUGGAGGCCAAUGAGGACAAAAAUAAAAAGUUAUAAGAUUUUUAAGAAUGUGGAUUUGUGGGUUAUCUUUGGCGCCCCCUAGAACCUAAACCGUGGGGUGCAGCGUCAUGAUUUGUACAACUUUCAAUGGCCAUGGGGUGUAGAUUGGCCUGAGCAAAUGUAGUGCUGGUGGAACGAAAGCCUUCGGAGGAGUUAGCGAAAUUCCAAUGUGUGCGGAACGGCAAAAAAUGCGAAAUAACCCUUUAACCGUACAUUUGACAGAUACGCCCGCACUGACUUUUUUGUAGAUCUUAUUGAGAUACAUGUGUGUGUCAAUUUUUGUGUCAAUAUGACAAAGCGUACAGGCGUGACAGUCAAUAGUGUGAAUUUUCACCUUUGGGGGCGCUAUUGAGCCAUUUUGCAUUUCCUUGUUUGGGCGACUUCAGAAUAUCGAAUUUUUCACCAGGCCCGGUCGUCCUGCCAAAUUUCAUGAGUUUUCGCCAGUGGGAAGUGGGCCAUUUUCCAGUUUAAAGCGGAGGAAAAAUAAUACUAGGGCCCCGUUGGGGCACUGGCGGGCCCGAGCCGCGUUACGCCGCCCCCAGUGCGACCGCCUCCCCCUCCCGAUCGCGUCACACUCAAGGUCCAAAGAUGGUGUGCGCACUUGUCUGUGGUCAUUUCCCAUUAUAAUGAAUGGGAGGCGCAGUUUCUACCAAAACACUCGCUGCAGACAAACUACAUGUCCUAUUUGAAAAAAGUCUGGACCAUGAGUGAGGGCACAAACACAGCUAGGAUAUAUCCAAACGGCAAGUUGCUCCUCGUUACGGUGUUGCCGGGAGAGUGAUGCGAUUGAGCCAUUGAGUGAUGGGCAGGAAAAACUUGACUUUUUCUCCUGCCAUGGGGGAUGGGGGAUGGGGGAUGGGGGAUGGGGGGGGGGGGGGUGGAGUCUUUUAAGAAUGUGGAUAUUUGGGUCAUCUUUGGCGCCCUCUAGAACGUAAACCGUGGGGUGCAGCGUCAUGAUUUGUACAACUUUGAAUGGCCAUGGGGUGUAGAUUGGCCUGAGCAAAUUUGGUGUCAGUGGGACGAAAGCCUUAGGAGGAGUUAGCCACAUUCCAAUGUGUGCUAAUCGGCAAAAAAUGCAAAAUAGCCCUUUAACCGUACAUUUUACAGAUACGCGCGCAUUGACUUUUUCGUAGAUCUUAUUGAGAUACAUGUGUGUGUCAAAUUUUGUGUCAAUAUGACAAAGCAUACAGGUAAGACAGUCAACAAUGUGUAUUUUCACCUUAUGGGACAAGAAAAAAUGGACUUUUUUCUCCUGCCAUGGGGGGCGCUCUUUUGGGGAGUAAAAAUUCCUUCACAAAUGUGUUGAUGGCUGGACAUUGCAUCAUCCUAGAAAACUUGGAGGCCAGAGAGGGCAAAAAUAAAAAGUUAUAAGACUUUUAAAUAUGUGGAUUUUAGGGUUAUCUUUGGCGCCCCCUAGAACCUAAACCGUGGGGUGCAGCGUCAUGAUUUGAAUAACUUUUAAUGGCCAUGGGGUGUAGAUUGGCCUGAGCAAAUGUGGUGCCGGUGGAACGAAAGCCUUCGGAGGAGUUAGCGAAAUUCCAAUGUGUGCGGAUCUGCAAAAAAUGCGCAAUAACCCUUUAACCGUACAUUUGACAGAUACGCCAGCACUGACUUUUUUGUAGAUCUUAUUGAGAUACAUGUGUGUGUCAAUUUUUGUGUAAUUUUGACAAAGCGUACAGGCGUGACAGUCAAUAGUGUGAAUUUUCACCUUAUGGGACAAGAAAAAAUGGACUUUUUUGUCCUGCCAUGGGGGGGCGCUCUUUUGGGGAGUAAAAAUUCCUUCACAAAUGUGUUGAUGGCUGGACAUUGCAUCAUCCUAGAAAACUUGGAGGCCAGUGAGGACAAAAAAAAAAAAUUAUAAAACUUUUAAGACUGUGGAUUUUUGGGUUAUCUUUGGCGCCCCCUAGAACGUAAACCGUGGGGUGCAGCAUCAUGAUUUGUACAACUUUUAAUGGCCAUGGGGUGUAGAUUGGCCUCAGCAAAUGUGGUGCCUUUGGAACGAAAGCCUUCGGAGGAGUUAGCGAAAUUCCAAUGUGUGCGGAUCGGCAAAAAAUGCGAAAUAGCCCUUUCACCGUACAUUUGACAGAUACGCCCGCACUGACUUUUUUGUAGAUCUUAUUGAGAUACAUGUGUGUGUCAAUUUUUGUGUCAAUAUGACAAAGCGUAAAGGCGUGACAGUCAAUAGUGUGAAUUUUCGCCUUAGGAGACAAGAAAAAAUGGACUUUUUUCUCCUGCCAUGGGGGGGCGCUCUUUUGGGGAGUAAAAAUUCCUUCACAAAUGUGUUGAUGGCUGGACAUUGCAUCAUCCUAGAAAACUUGGAGGCCAGUGAGGACAAAAAUAAAAAGUUAUACGACUUUUAAGAAUGUGGAUUUCUGGGUUAUCUUUGGCGCCCCCUAGAACGUAAACCGUGGGAUGCAGCGUCAUGAUUUGUACAACUUUUAAUGGCCAUGGGGUGUAGAUUGGCCUGAGCAAAUUUGGUGCCGGUGGAACGAAAGCCUUCGGAGGAGUUAGCGAAAUUCCAAUGUGUGCGGAUCGGCAAAAAAUGCGAAAUAGCCCUUUAACCGUACAUUUGACAGAUACGCCCGCACUGACUUUUUUGUAGAUCUUAUUGAGAUACACGUGUGUGUCAAAUUUUGUGUCAUUUUGACAAAGCGUACAGGCGUGACACUCAAUCAUGUGAAUUUUUCACCUUAGGGGGCGCUAUGGAGCCAUUUUGCAUUUGAUUUUUGGGCGACUUCAGAAUAUCGAAUUUUUCACCAGGCCCGGUCGUCCUGCCAAAUUUCAUGACUUUUCACCAGUGGGAAGUGGGCCAUUUUCCAGUUCAAAGGGGCAGAAAAAUAACUAGGGCCCCGGUGGGGCACUGUCGGGCCCGAGCCGCGUCGCGCCGCCCCCAGCGCGACCGCCUCCCCCUCCCGAUCGCGUCACACUCAAGGUCCAAAGAUGGUGUGCGCACUUGUCUGUGGUCAUUUCCCAUUAUAGUGAAUGGGAGGCGCAGUUUCUACCAAAACACUCGCUGCAGACAAACUACAUGUCCUAUUUGAAAAAAGUCUGGACCAUGAGUGAGGGCACAAACACAGCUAGGAUAUAUCCAAACGGCAAGUUGCUCCUCGUUACGGUGUUGCCGGGAGAGCGAUGCGAUUGAGCCAUUGAGUGAUGGGAAGGAAAAACUUGACUUUUUCUCCUGCCAUGGGGGAUGUGGGAUGGGGGAUGGGGGGGGGGGGAUGUGGAUUCUUUUAAGAAUGUGGAUAUUUGGGUCAUCUUUGGUGCCCCCUUGAACGUAAACCGUGGGGUGCAGCGUCAUGAUUUUUACAACUUUGAAUGGCCAUGGGGUGUAGAUUGGCCUGAGCAAAUUUGGUGUCAGUGGGACGAAAGCCUUAGGAGGAGUUAGCCACAUUCCAAUGUGUGCGAAUCGGCAAAAAAUGCAAAAUAGCCCUUUAACCGUACAUUUUACAGAUACGCGCGCAAUGACUUUUUCGUACAUCUUAUUGAGAUACAUGUGUGUGUCAAUUUUUGUGUCAUUUUGACAAAGCGUACAGGCGUGACACUCAACAAUGUGUAUUUUCACCUUAGGGGACAAGAAAAAAUGGACUUUUUUCUCCUGCCAUGGGGGGCGCUCUUUUGGGGAGUAAAAAUUCCUUCACAAAUGUGUUGAUGGCUGGACAUUGCAUCAUCCUAGAAAACUUGGAGGCCAAUGAGGACAAAAAUAAAAAGUUAUAAGAUUUUUAAGAAUGUGGAUUUGUGGGUUAUCUUUGGCGCCCCCUAGAACCUAAACCGUGGGGUGCAGCGUCAUGAUUUGUACAACUUUCAAUGGCCAUGGGGUGUAGAUUGGCCUGAGCAAAUGUAGUGCUGGUGGAACGAAAGCCUUCGGAGGAGUUAGCGAAAUUCCAAUGUGUGCGGAACGGCAAAAAAUGCGAAAUAACCCUUUAACCGUACAUUUGACAGAUACGCCCGCACUGACUUUUUUGUAGAUCUUAUUGAGAUACAUGUGUGUGUCAAUUUUUGUGUCAAUAUGACAAAGCGUACAGGCGUGACAGUCAAUAGUGUGAAUUUUCACCUUUGGGGGCGCUAUUGAGCCAUUUUGCAUUUCCUUGUUUGGGCGACUUCAGAAUAUCGAAUUUUUCACCAGGCCCGGUCGUCCUGCCAAAUUUCAUGAGUUUUCGCCAGUGGGAAGUGGGCCAUUUUCCAGUUUAAAGCGGAGGAAAAAUAAUACUAGGGCCCCGUUGGGGCACUGGCGGGCCCGAGCCGCGUUACGCCGCCCCCAGUGCGACCGCCUCCCCCUCCCGAUCGCGUCACACUCAAGGUCCAAAGAUGGUGUGCGCACUUGUCUGUGGUCAUUUCCCAUUAUAAUGAAUGGGAGGCGCAGUUUCUACCAAAACACUCGCUGCAGACAAACUACAUGUCCUAUUUGAAAAAAGUCUGGACCAUGAGUGAGGGCACAAACACAGCUAGGAUAUAUCCAAACGGCAAGUUGCUCCUCGUUACGGUGUUGCCGGGAGAGUGAUGCGAUUGAGCCAUUGAGUGAUGGGCAGGAAAAACUUGACUGUUUCUCCUGCCAUGGGGGAUGGGGGAUGGGGGAUGGGGGAUGGGGGGGGGGGGGGGGGGGGGGGGUUUCUUUUAAGAAUGUGGAUAUUUGGGUCAUCUUUGGCGCCCUCUAGAACGUAAACCGUGGGGUGCAGCGUCAUGAUUUGUACAACUUUGAAUGGCCAUGGGGUGUAGAUUGGCCUGAGCAAAUUUGGUGUCAGUGGGACGAAAGCCUUAGGAGGAGUUAGCCACAUUCCAAUGUGUGCUAAUCGGCAAAAAAUGCAAAAUAGCCCUUUAACCGUACAUUUUACAGAUUAGCGCGCAUUGACUUUUUCGUAGAUCUUAUUGAGAUACAUGUGUGUGUCAAAUUUUGUGUCAAUAUGACAAAGCAUACAGGUAAGACAGUCAACAAUGUGUAUUUUCACCUUAUGGGACAAGAAAAAAUGGACUUUUUUCUCCUGCCAUGGGGGGGCGCUCUUUUGGGGAGUAAAAAUUCCUUCACAAAUGUGUUGAUGGCUGGACAUUGCAUCAUCCUAGAAAACUUGGAGGCCAGAGAGGGCAAAAAUAAAAAGUUAUAAGACUUUUAAAUAUGUGGAUUUUAGGGUUAUCUUUGGCGCCCCCUAGAACCUAAACCGUGGGGUGCAGCGUCAUGAUUUGAAUAACUUUUAAUGGCCAUGGGGUGUAGAUUGGCCUGAGCAAAUGUGGUGCCGGUGGAACGAAAGCCUUCGGAGGAGUUAGCGAAAUUCCAAUGUGUGCGGAUCUGCAAAAAAUGCGCAAUAACCCUUUAACCGUACAUUUGACAGAUACGCCAGCACUGACUUUUUUGUAGAUCUUAUUGAGAUACAUGUGUGUGUCAAUUUUUGUGUAAUUUUGACAAAGCGUACAGGCGUGACAGUCAAUAGUGUGAAUUUUCACCUUAUGGGACAAGAAAAAAUGGACUUUUUUGUCCUGCCAUGGGGGGGCGCUCUUUUGGGGAGUAAAAAUUCCUUCACAAAUGUGUUGAUGGCUGGACAUUGCAUCAUCCUAGAAAACUUGGAGGCCAGUGAGGACAAAAAAAAAAAUUUAUAAAACUUUUAAGAAUGUGGAUUUUUGGGUUAUUUUUGGCGCCCCCUAGAACCUAAACCAUGGGGUGCAGCAUUAUGAUUUGUACAACUUUGAAUGGCCAUGGAGUGUAGAUUGGCCUGAGCAAAUGUGGUGCCGGUGGACCGAAAGCCUUCGGAGGAGUUAGCGAAAUUCCAAUGUGUGCGGAUCUGCAAAAAAUGCAAAAUAACCCUUUAACCGUACAUUUGACAGAUACGCCCGCACUGACUUUUUUGUAGAUCUUAUUGAGAUACAUGUGUGUGUCAAUUUUUGUGUCAAUAUGACAAAGCGUACAGGCGUGAUAGUCAAUAGUGUGAAUUUUCACCUUAGGGGGCGCUAUGGAGCCAUUUUGCAUUUUAUUGUUUGGGCGACUUCAGAAUAUCGAAUUUUUCACCAGGCCCGGUCGUCCUGCCAAAUUUCCUGAGUUUUCGCCAGUGGGAAGUGGGCCAUUUUCCAGUUUAAAGCGGAGGAAAAAUAAUAACUAGGGCCCCGUUGGGGCACUGGCGGGCCCGAGCUGUGUCGCCCCCCCCCCCCCCCCCACCAAUGCGCUGCCUCCCCGUCCCAUUCGCGUCCUCUGGCCAUCGUCCUCUCUGGUAACGCCCAUCACUGCAAAGACCCUUUUCCUUCAUCGGCGUUUGCUGUUCUUCCUGCCAGUGCGUGUUGCUUUCACUUACACUUGCCACAGCCAGCCUCGUGAGUGCCUAGCCUAUUGGAUAUCACUGUCACCUACACAGGACAGUCAUUACCUUUCUAUUAAUACUUUGUUUUUUAAUUUCACAUUAAUUUCCAUAUUGUAUAAACGACUGGAAAAAACUUGAGCCCCUGCCCCUGUAUAAUCAUGUGCACGUCCCUGUUCUCGCUCCAAGGUGAAUCUUCACUGCUCAUGUUCUCCUCAGAAGCACUCACCUCACUCCCCUCAGGUAACUGUACACAUGCACCAACUGCCUGCUUCAGGUUUGGAUGGAGCUUCAUGGUUGUCUUUUGGAGAAAUGACCAGUCAAGUUGUGUUUGAAAUUUGAUUUUUUUCAGGGGCAAAAGGAGCCUCUGCAUUGUUGUCAAAUAUGUAAAUAGCAUGUUUUUGCAGGUGCUAAAAAACAGACUCUGAGUGUGUGUGUGUGUGUGUGUGUGUGUGUGUGUGUGUGUGUGUGUGUGUGUGUGUGUGUGUGUGUCUGUGUUUGUGUGUGUCUGUGUGUGUGUAUCCUGCAGUACUCUGUACUCCUGCAGUGGCCAAAACGACUUUUAAGAAUGUGGAUAUUUGGGUCAUCUUUGGCGCCCCCUAGAACGUAAACCAUGGGGUGCAGCGGCAUGAUUUUUACAACUUUGAAUGGCCAUGGGAUGUAGAUCGGCUUGAGCAAAUUUGGUGUCGGUGGGAAGAAAGCCUUAGGAGGAGUUAGCCACAUUCCAAUGUGUGCGAAUCUGCAAAAAAUGCGAAAUAGCCCUUUAACCGUACAUUUUACAGAUACGUGCCCAUUGACUUUUUCGUAGAUCUUAUUGAGAUACACGUGAUUGUCAAAUUUUGGGUCAAUAUGACAAAGCGUAUAGGCGUGACACUCAACAAUGUGUAUUUUCACCUUAGGGGACAAGAAAAAAUUGACUUUUUUCUCCUGCCAUGUGGGGGCGCUCUUUUGGGGAGUAAAAAUUCCUUCACAAAUGUGUUGAUGGCUGGACAUUGCAUCAUCCUAGAGAACUUGGAGGCCAGUGAGGACAAAAAUAAAAAGUUAUAAGACUUUUAAGACUGUGGAUUUUUGGGUUAUCUUUGGCGCCCCCUAGAACGUAAACUGUGGGGUGCAGUGUCAUGAUUUGUACAACUUUUAAUGGCCAUGGGGUGUAGAUUGGCCUGAGCAAAUGUGGUGCCGGUGGAACGAAUGCCUUCGGAGGAGUUAGCGAAAUUCCAAUGUGUGCAGAUCGGCAAAAAAUGCGAAAUAACCCUCUAACUGUACAUUUCACAGAUGCGCCCGCGCUGACUUUUUCGUAGAACGUAUUGAGAUACACGUGUGUGUCAAUUUUUGUGUCAAUAUGACAAAGCGUACAGGCGUGACAGUCAAUAGUGUGAAUUUUCGCCUUAGGGGGCGCUAUGGAGCCAUUUUGCAUUUUAUUGUUUGGGCGACUUCAGAAUAUCGAAUUUUUCACCAGGCCCGGUCGUCCUGCCAAAUUUCAUGAGUUUUCGCCAGUGGGAAGUGGGCCAUUUUCCAGUUUAAAGCGGAGGAAAAAUAAUAAUAAUAACAAAAGAAGAAUCCAUCAGGAACAAGAGGGCUCUCGCAGCUGCUUAGCAGCUACGCUCGGGCCCUAAUAAUAAUAAUAACAAAAGAAGAAUCCAUCAGGAACAAGAGGGCUCUCGCAGCUGCUUAGCAGCUACGCUCGGGCCCUAAAUAAUAAGAUUCGGUUUCACUUCAAAAAUGUUCGGCCAUUUGAAAAGUUCCCCGACUUAUCCGGUAGAUGGCGCAGCGACCUCAUGACAACCUUCAUCCACUAACUACCUCACAGCACAGCAGAGUGACGGAUCUGAAAACGUUUUUCUGGUCCGAGUUUGAUCAGUCAGUCUUGCUGUCGGCGUGAAGAGCAGUAGCCUACAGUAUAUCUACAGUAUACAGUAUACUGUAGAUAUCUACAGUAUAUAUGUAUAUUUUUUAUAAUUUUAUAAAAAAAAUUAAAAAAUCGGCCGAUUAAUCGGUAAUCAGACCCCCCCCCCUAAUAAUCUGUAUCGGCAUCUGCCCCAAAAAAUCUGUAUGAGUCGGGCCCUAAUGUAAAUUCUUUUUCAGCUUCACUGGUGUUGGUGAUGCACAGAACAAAGUCAAGUUAUCAUCAUAUUAGGCUGCACCUGUAUUCCUAACCAAACAUGGUAGAUCAUUAAUACAACUUGAGAAUUUAAGUGGCCCCUGAGCAACUCUCUUGAAGAGCGCCCCAAGAUACCUUUCUGCUGUCAGAAAAACUGCCCUUGAAAAACACCUGCUGUGUUCAGCCAGAGAGGUGACUCUUCAUCUAAGCAUGUGCUAAAGGUGGAAAAGCCACGACAUCUGAGUUCAGCAAUGAGAAUAUUAAGAUCAGUGACAUCAAAGGCUGCGUUAAAAUCCAAGAGCACAGCUCCAGCUUAUUUCCUACUGCUGCACCACUCUGGUCGAUAGGCAUGCUGUGCUGGUAUAAGCAGUCCAUUACCACCAAAGUGAUUUAACGUUUGAUUUAAAACAUUCCUCUUAAGUUCAUUAUUAAACAAGGGGAAUACACAAACAAGUUUACAACUGGAGACAGUAAAAGCACUCCCACUGUUUUUAGACUGCUACAAAAACUCUGGAAAGAGAGCGCGCUAAAACUGUCUAAGUUGUAUAAUCAUUUGAGAUUUUAAUGGGCCAAUAAAGUGCAUAUCUGAUCAGCUUGACAAGGACAAAGGUUGUUCUAUAUGACCUUUAUUUCCCUUUUUUGAUUCAUCAUCAGAAAAGAAAUCAAAAGUUUGUUUGACUUCAUAGUCACUCUCUCUUUCUUUUGUCUCAUCCUCAGAAUGGAGCCAAGUUCAACGUGAAGGGCUUCCACAACCCACCACUGGUCAACAACCCUGUGCUGGCUAACCGCGGACACACACACACACACACUCACACUCACACACAGUACCACCGCAACACUUGGCGACGCAGAAAGAGGGACAGCCUACCAGUUAGCAUCAGCAGAUAGAAACCACUCUCCCUUUUUUUUUUUUUUUCCCUCCCUCUCCUCUCCUCUCUGGCUGCAAGACCCUGGCUCUAUGUUCAUCUUGAAGGAGGAUGGACAGGCAGACAGGACCAGAGACCAGCAGUUUUCAUUCUGGGGCUGCCACCACAUGGAUGAACAGCCCUGCAUCUUUCUCCUACCAACUGACAUUUCUUAUUCAGCAUGGCUUUCUUUCACUUUCUUCAGUAUUAUGUUACUUCCAGUGUUUCAUCGCCCUCAUCUUUGUUUCAGGUCAGCUCUUGUUGUGUUUUUGUUGGUUUUUAUAGGACUUGGAGGAGAGGCCAUUGCCAAGCUCACUUGACCUCGUCUUGACCCUUGCAGCCAAGCUGCCUGUGGUUCAGUAUUACUUAUUUUUCACAGUUUGUACACUUACGAGCAAACUUUUUUUUUUCAUUAUGUGCAAUAAUUUUAUUUUGCUUAUUUAAUUUUUUUGUGUGUAUAUGUAAAGACAUUUUUAUACUGUUUUAUUUUUGUAGAAUUUUAAAUUCUGUUUACGAACCUUUCCCCAGGCAGCAUCUCUGGUGUAUGUAUGUGUGUGCGUGUGUCUAUGUGCGCGUGUGUGUGUGUGUGACUGAGCAGCUGGAUCAGAAAGGGACAUGAAGCUUUUAUCUUGAUAUUCCUUACAUUUCUCAAUCGCCUGUCUUUUGACAAUAGACGAGUGAAACAUGAAAUUCCUCAUGGAAGUUUUGUUCCUCAGUCCAGUUUGUCGAAUUCAGGGAUUGAAAUUGCAUCCAGGGAUAUCUUGGGAUGUCCCAAAAAGAGCAGAUAGAGCUUCAACAGUGAUUGCAGAGUUGUUUGUAUGUGUUUGACUCCCUUUGUAUGUCAGUGUGCGAAUGUGUCUGUGUCCCUUUUUGGGACAGUGCUGUUGCCAUAUUUUGUCAGUCAGGGGAAGGCUGGCGUCAGCCUGCUUGUUUUUUUUUUGUUUUGUUUUUUCCAUACCAGCCAUUUUCCCCCUUGAGGCGAUUUUGAAAGAGAAGCCUUGAGACGGUGCAGGAUUUUGGUCUGAGAAAGUCCUGUUCUGUUCAACAUAUAUGCUGUUGUGUUUUCACUUUUGUUCUUGUCUAUUUUUAUAACAUGUUGUAGGAAAGUUGAGGCCAAGAAGGCAACAGCUUAUCUGACUUGAAUUUGAAGAUCGAGAUAUUAGGGUGGUGACAGAAAGCCACAGAUUUCAUGUCAGAGAGAUCCUCGUCUAUUAGAGGAACAUGGUUUUGAAAGAGCUUGUCCCAGAGCUGAGUUUUACUCAUGCUUAAGGCUGUCAAAUGUGUUCAGAGCAACACUACAAUGUUCAGUGAGAGGGAUUUCUCCAGGAAAGCGGGUCGAGAGAGAGAGAGAGACUCCCUAAACCUAGGGCCCUAGCGAAAGGGAAUUAUAUUUUGAUUCCAUUCAGGAAUCUUGUGUACAUUUGAUUGCCAGGUACUUAACGCUAAUUGUUUGCAAUGCCUUUCUUUGUGUUUACUUGGAGUGUGUGUACGUUGUUUUCAGCGAGCGCACGGUGUCACACAAAUACACACACUCACAGACAGGACUGUCGAGAGCUGUGACUCGCCCAGAACACUACACACGCUGGUGUUAUUACUAUGCAAGUGGAUCAUCAAAAUUAAUGUGUCAUCCUUGUUGUCCUUCCAGUAAUUCUUUUUUUAAUGACAAACAUCACUUGUUGGACAGUCAAGUCACUCGCUGUCUGACUUGCAAGCCAACUCAUGUGAACUACACCCUAUCCUGUGACAACCCCGCAUUUGUACAAAGGUCCUGACAUAUUUCAAGAUCUAGUUUUCUACAUGUAUCCAUCAGAUGUAAAGGCUGGAGGACAUUAAUGUCAGUGGUUGGGUCUGGGUCUGUGUAGUGUGUGACAUAGUGAAACGUGUGUGAGAAAGUAUAGAGACUCAUGACACCACAGGCUUUUAAUCAGACACCCGACAUCUCAUGAGACAGUGCACCCAGACUGCGACUUGCAUUCUGCAGAUGCACCUCAGUGGGGCCAAAGUGUCUACCAACAAUCCUCUUCUCCUUUUUUUUAUUUCAGCUUUUAAACUGAUACUUUAUUCACAACUGUUACACUAUCAAUGUUUACUUUUUCCUCAAAACCAUGGCAACUCUGACCCCCGUUUAAUGACAUCUCGCACCAAUUAAAUCGAAGAUGAAGGGUUUCUGGAUUGACUGGUUGCUCACAAGCAAUUCAGAAUUAUGAGCUUGUUAUCAUCUCCAAAUCCAGAAAAAUUCUUGCCGUUAAUGAUUUGACCAAAAACAUUAUGAAUGCAGCAGACUGGCAGAAAGCAGUGUUGAUUUUCUUUUUCUUUUUUGUUAGAGGUAUGUUCAGGCAUACUCAUUUAACCAUUUGCCCAAAGGAUGUUCAUACAAUCCACACCUUGUAUAAAUUUGAUGACAAAUGAUUGGAUGUAGUAAACUAGCCUUUUAGGCCUUUUAAUCUGCAUCACUGCAUCUGCUUUUAGAGAGACUAGAGCCAGCAAUGAUGGGAGGCCUAACAUGAAAUUGGUGAUGGACGGUUGUUGACUGGGUUAGAGUUGUCUGCAUCUUCACAACAAGGACUUGACAUGCAGUAUCCAAGCAAGUCUAUGGAUUUCAAAUCUCUGUGCAUCUCAGUGGUCCCACACAGUUGACUCUGUGCUCACUUUUUGUCAGUCCAGUAUUCAUGGAAAUGAACGAGCAAAAGGUCUGGGGUUGUGUGCUGUAGCUUUGCCUUCACUUCUUCAGAAAAGUAGUGACUGACGGGGAAAAGGAUAGAGUGAUGAGGCCCACUGAGAUUUUGGCGUACACAUGUACAUGUAGAUGCAAUGUAAUCUAACCCCCCAUUGGGAUACAAUGAGGGAUUUUAAACUAGUGGCUGCUGUUAUAAAGAAAGGUGGCAGCCCCUCUAUGUCCUGGCUGGUUCAUGUGAGCAGUGGACCUCUAAAUGGACACCAGGCUUCUGGUAUCCGGGGGAAACCACAGCCCAGCUUUUGUUUUUUGUUUUUCUUUACAUUUUUAUGUAAAUAUAUUUUUUUCUAUUUUAUUUUUUAAUAAACAUUUUAAAACUGCCCACCACUGUGUGUGUGUGCUUUUUUUUUUUUGGCCUUAUAACUGCAUUAAACCCACUGAGCAUUUUUGGUCUAAAAGAGGUCUAAAUGUAAAUGUCCAACACACCUGAUUCAAAUGAUCAGCUCGUUAUUAAGCCAUUUCAGAGCUUGAUAACGAGCUGAUGAUUUGAAUCAGGUGUGUUGGAGCAGGGAAACAUCCAAAACAUGCAGGACAGUGGGCCUCGAGGACUGGACUUGAGAACCACUGGUCUAAUAUGAGGCUACCACACGUCUAAGAAUGAAUGUUUUUUAGACGUCUAAGUUUAGACUAAAUCUAAAUCUGGGCUAUAUCUAUACUAUCAUAAUUAUUUUGGUUAAGUACUUGGAGAUCAGUUAUGAAACUCACAGUUGCUUUUUGAAAUAAGUUGUUGAAUCACGGGUUAAAGAGCAACAUCCAAAUUGCGUCUAAAAAUAUAUAGAAUCUAGACUGUUGAAUUUAGGUCUAAAAAAACUAGACGUCUAAUAGCUGUCUAUUGCUCAGUGGGAAAGCAGUAUUUGUGUGUGUAUGUAUAGAGGUGUAGUAGUGCUGUGUUUGCUCAGUGAGAGUAAUAUCGGGUUAAGAAUAUAUUACUGACCUAACCAGCCACUGUGACUGCUGUUAACAAGAGAAACACUCGAUAUUUAGAGUUUAAAAACCGCAUCAAACUACUUUAGGUGCAGGAUGUAGAUCCAAAAUACUGAGUGAUACUCUAAUGCUCUGUAAGACUGAAGGAAACUGUAGUGUCUGUCAGUACAAAAAGGGUCCCUUUAUAUAUGGCACACAUUAAUUUAACCCAUUAACAAUCAUUUACAAAUACUGGUGCAGCUUACACUUGCCAUUUUAGAGUAAUUUUAUAAAGCGAGGUUUAACAUGUGGUUCUUUUUAUCAACACUGGGUGGUGCACAUGCACUGUUGUUGGUACUGAUGUGGAAGAAUCUCACCUAAGACUGCUCUACAUUUUGGUAAGCCCCUCUCUAUCCCACAGUACAUUUAAUUCCUCAAACCAAAUAUAGAGGUGUUAACUCCAUGUUGCCAGACUUUGUCCACAAGCUGUACAUUUAGUCCCACCAAGGCUUCAGUAGAUGUCAGGUGUUGAUAGUGUGUGUGCUUUUGUUCUGGAUUAGAUGUUCUGUCUGUGCUGAUGGCAUGGCAUCUUGUGUAACUCUUGAGCAUCUGCCCAGGAAUCUAUUUGAUGAAAUGAUCCACUUGUCUAAACCUCGCUGUUAUUACCUCUGGACAGUAAUAAAGCUUGAAGUGCAAGGGGAGCUUAAGGAGAAAGUUCUGAAGGUCAAAAAGCCAAACAGAACGAGCUGUAUUUAUGAAGGAGCGACCUGUUUAAAUAUGAGUCAGACAGAUUGGGGUUUGAGUGAGGUUAGACCAAAAAAAAAGGAAAUAGACCAGGAAGCUUCAUGGAGUGUAACCAUAAUGUACAGAACACUUCUAGUUCUGUUUAUGUGUUCAAAUGACCACUCAAUCGAUCAGUCUUUAUGUAUAAGGCGCCAGUUCACAACAAGUGUUCUCACUAUUGACAAGAACCCAAUGUAAAGAUGGGAUGAGAUUGAGCCCCAGCUCGUGAGAUCAGACUGACAGACUGGGUUCAGUGAGGAGACAGGGAGAUGCAGAAAGGGAGAGAUGGACAGAGACAAGGCAAGUUUAUUUGUAUAGCAAAUUCAGACACAAGGCAAUUCAAAGUGCUUUACAGAUUCAAGGAAAUAUGUAACGAAUUGAAAAAGAGGAGAGAUUAAAACAAUCUAAAAUCAAAGACAUAAAAUGAUUUAAUAACAAUAGGAAAAACAGACAAUUUGUUUUGUUUUUUCGUCUGUUCUAUGUUUGCCCUGAACGCCAUGAAAACCAUUGUUUCCCAGAAAAAUGAAAAAAGUCACACUUUCAGAUCCAGUGCUCCCCAGAUGGUAAUAAGUUUGUUCUUCAUCUAUCUUGGCUCUCAUGAGAUUGAAAAUUGGAGAGUCAUGGUUUUCCAGACCCUCUGGUCAUGGUUUUCUGGAUCAGAGGUGUGACUGGUGCACAUAUGUUUGAAAAAGAAUCAUCUUUGCUUUGGACUUUGCUUAGCUACAAAAGUAUAUAACCACAAUAUAGUGUAAGCGGGGAAAAUAGUUUAAAAAUUGGAAUAAAAGUUACAUUUUUAUGUCACCUAACUGCAGGUAGAGCUUGACAGUAUACAAUACCAAAAAAAGUCAUUUUUUUUCGUAAUGCCAUCCUGUUGGUAAUUUUCAUUUCUUCUAUUUUGUUCUCACAGAAAGAAGGAUUAUAGACUUUUGGAGGUUCUCAUAGGCCUUUUCCUCCAGACUUUAGAGCUUUGAUUUUCAAAUAAAAUUCACUUUUUGCUUUCAUCCAAGAGGAGCAUUUUGGACUAUUGUACCAAAUUCUAGUUAUUUGUCAUUUAAGCCCAGCUGAGACACAUCUAUCGCCUCUGGUUCAGGAGCGACUGUAGCCCAUUUCCUGAAGAUGUUUGUGCAUGGUGGCUCUUACCAGUUCUCUCCUCGUGAAACUCUGCAAAGUUCUUGAAUCGAGUAACUUGGCUCUCCACUUCAGCGGUACAGUCAUCCCCUGAUGCUUGUGUUUUUUUCACAACUCUCCUUCUUCUUCUUCUCAGUCAGCUUCCAUUGAAAUGCUUCAGACUUUUCAGCCAUAAUAACCUUCUUUGGUUACUCUGCAGAGGCUGUUGAUGAUUGUCUUCUGGACUGCUGCUAAAUCAGCCGUCUUUACCAUGAUUGUGGUAGUGUAUACUGAACUAGUAAGAAAGAUGUAUUUCUACUUUUUGAGCUGUAACUGUGCAAUAUUUUGAGAUAUUUUUAACCAUAUGCCAUAAUCAUCAAAUUAAAAUAGAAUAAUGCUUGAAAUAUUUUAGUUUGCAUAGAUUGUUUCUCAAAAAAAAUCACAUUUUACUUUCAUAGAUUAUGAUUCAGAGACCUGUUUGGAUAUAUCCUCAUUUCCUAAGAUGUAUCUGUAUAUACUUUGUUUUGAUUCACCCCUGAGGAUCAUUUCAUUUCACCGUGGAAACUCUAAAACCCCAGUUUGCUCCUUCAUCACCAUCAAAUAGUCAUUAACAGCAACAUCAGCAACUGGCUGCAAAUCGUUUGGCAGCAGAAAGAUAGGAUUCAUUUUUCUCAGGAAAAAGGAGAGUUACACUGACAGUAAACGCAAAUUUUUCUUCCUUUGUAAUUACAACUUCAUCCUGUCACUUUGACAUGAUAAAACGAUUCUUUAAAAGCUUGUGUAUGCUGCUUCAAGUGGCAAAAAACAUCAGCUUGAGCAAAAUUGACAAGAGAGUUGUCCCACUCCUGGUAAUUUCACUUGCUUCCUCUUGAAUAAGGUGUACUCUUUUGUGUUGUUAUAACAGCCUUAAAAUAAUGAGGUUAACAUGACCCACAGAUUUGUAAACACUGAUUCAAAUACUGUAUUAUAAUGGAGAAUCAGAGUUAAUGUGGAUAAGAUCAUCUGGAUUUGACAGCCCUAUUUGAAUUGAUUAAUAUUUGUGACAUGGACCAUUUAUCUGAGAGCAGCCUGUUGAGGUGUUUAUUCAUUUGUAGUUAAUUCUGCAGUAUUUAACGGUGCGACUCCAGUGUUUAUCCAGGGAGUCUUUCGACAUAAUGAUCAUUUAUUGCUCAAGUCUUUAUGCAGUGAAAAACAGAGCCAAACAGUAUUUUAACAAGCCUUGUAAGAACACCCAGAACAAUAGCAAUCACGAGCAAUGAAAAGCCUGAUUAGUCGAGCAUUUGUCGAUUUUCAGAUACUUCAUGUGUGUUUCUCAAAAACAACAUCUUUGUCUGGGGGUUUCAUGUUAAUAUUCUGAGUUUACGCCUGGUUUAAACUACGCUGAUUGAGAAAAAACAUUAGGUUUCACACCUAAUGAAUCCUGCUGUAUUUGUCUUAAUGAGGACUCAGGAGUUCUGUGUGGGUGGAACCCCACCUACACACACACACACACACACACACACACACACACACAGAUUCCCCCCCAUCUCUCUCUUUCCCAGCCUCCCACCUUGAUUGCUACUUAUCUAGGUCAUCUUGGUGUGUUUUAAUCACUGCUUGGUUGAGAGAGACCCAGUUAGGUGAUGAAGCCCACUUUUCACUCAUCAAGGUGGGAAAUCUGCUUAAUUUCUAGCACAUCAGCAGCCCUGCUGUAAUUAUCAUUGUUCGUGCUAAGCUGCAGCUGGGAUCACAGCCAAUUCAAUAUUCACAGGAUGUUUUAACCUGGAUCGUUUCUGGCCCUCAAUAUCUUUGGCACCUUUAUUUCAGACAGGGAAGAGAGGUGCUUGACCUUUUUAGAAUGAGUGGUCUUCUUCAGUGAAUCUAUAAUCUGCAUUUCCUUAAUUCC